UCAUUUAAAAAUAAAACAGGAAGGGCACGGCGAGAAAGGGAAGGUCCUUUGAGCCAUGUACAAACCCCAACAUGUUCCAUGCCUCUCCUUCCUCAUCCUAUUCCUCUUCCAUCACUCUCAUGCCGACGUCGGCACCUCUGCUCUCUACAAUCCGCCAUACCUACCCACCGUUUGUUACGGUAAUGAUGCAACCCAAUUCCCAGCGAACAAUCUGUUUGCAGCAGCUGGCGAUGGGAUUUGGGACAAUGGGGCUUCUUGUGGAAGGCAGUACUUGGUUAGAUGCCUCAGCGCUGCCCAGCCAGGCGUUUGUAUCAUGGACCAGACGAUCCAGAUCAUGAUCGUUGAUUACGCGGCCUUGUCAGUUUCUCUGCCUUCUACUUCCGGAUCGACGAUGGUGUUGUCUGUUAAUGCAUUCGGCAUGAUCGCCAAUUCCUCGGUGGCAUCGGAGAUCAACAUAGAAUUCCAACAGGUUUGACUUUGAUGUGCAAAUGAUGCAACCCGGCAAGAGUUUCAAGACGAGGUUAUGGAUUACAGUGCUCGUUGCUGUGAAAAUGUAAAAAGAGUGUUUCCAUAUCAUCCAUUUGCAUUUUCAACAAGAGUCUAUUUAGUUUUUUAAUUUUUUAUAUAAUUUAAAAUAAAUGGGUGCCCUUGUCA